AUGGCCACCAAAGCUUUCGAUGCCAGCGCGUCCAGCGUCUCCGGCCUACCUCCUUCGUAUGAUGCGAUUCAUACAUCUGUAUCAACAGAUUCCGUCCAGUGUAAACGAUCGGUAUUUUCAUUCCUACAAACUAAGCAAAAACGCCGCCGUGCCUCAGUUCUUUCUCGCAUCCAUGAAAUUGUCUCCUCUCCUGAUUUCACCCUUUCCUCUGUCGCAUCAAUUGUUAAAUCCUGCGCUGCUGCUCUCCCAGCAGCAGAGUUCUCCAACCUCCUUCAAAAACCCAAUAUCGAGGACCACACGGCCCUGUAUUGGGCGAUUGUCAACAACCGGCGAGAAGCCCUUUUGGAGUUCACUAAAUUCAUUCCCAAAUUCUCGCCUGCUUGCUCUUCCGACUUGCGACUUGCGUGCAUGACAGUCAACGACCACGAUUCGUUUAUGCUACUGAAUUUGGGGGACAAUGUUAAUCCCAAGGAUAGGUCUUUGAGACGCAUGUUGGGUUGUCAGCAAGAUGAAAUUCAAGUCCAAUGUGAAAGGGAUAGUGCGGGCGAAAACUACUUCUCCGUUCGUUUCGUCUUCAGGAUGUUCCAAAAGCGUCUGCGUAUAUCACAGAGAUUGGAAGUAGAAUUCGUUGCCCGGGGACGUAUAUGGGUGUUGCGCUUUUAUAUGGGACAGAAUGGGAUGUGGCGAGUUGAGUAUGGUCUGUCUGGACAUAGCUUGCCAGUGCAUCCAAGUGCCGAACUUACGAUUUGGGCUCACAACAGCCCGCCUGACUCGAGCUGUGCGACCCAGAAACCUUUGAUUUUAAGCAUGAGACGUCCAUGGGAGACACUUGUACCUGAGGGCCCAGGAUCAUUCUCCCGUUACACGGCUACUGAACGAGACAGGAAAAUAGCUGCAGUUUUAUGCCAGUUGGAUGAUUGGCCGAUGGACGAGUAA